GCCGGGCCACGGGCCUGCUACUAGGGUGGCGGCUAGCAGAAGUUCGGCGGCAACAUUGGUGGCCGGAGGGCGGCCCAAGGCUGAGGCCGUCACAGGUAGGCUGGGUGCGUGCCGGCCCCGCCAGGUGUCAGCGUCUGCUGUCCCUACGGUCCGGCACUGGUGUGUCUGGAUCUGAAGACGCGGGACUGCACCCUGUGCUGGCCAGGCGGGGACUCUGAGGUACGGGUCUGCGGACUGCUCUAGGGUGCCACCCCCCAUGUCUGAGCUCAGCGAUGAAGCCAGCGAGCCGGAGCUCCUGAACUGCAGUUUGUCCAUGUGGCACGGGCUGGGGACGCAGGUCAGCCGGGAGGAGCUGGAUGUCCCCCUGGAUCUUCACACUGCAGCUUCCAUUGGCCAGUAUGAGGUGGUGAAGGAAUGUGUGCAGCGGAGAGAGUUAGAUUUGAAUAAGAAGAAUGGAGGUGGCUGGACCCCGCUGAUGUAUGCCUCCUACAUUGGACACGAUACCAUCGUGCACCUGCUGCUUGAGGCAGGGGUCAGUGUGAAUGUGCCGACCCCGGAAGGGCAGACUCCACUGAUGCUGGCCUCCAGCUGUGGCAACGAGAGCAUCGCCUACUUUCUCCUCCAGCAAGGUGCCGAGCUCGAGAUGAAAGACAUUCAAGGCUGGACUGCACUCUUCCACUGCACCAGUGCCGGGCACCAGCAGAUGGUCAGAUUCCUCCUGGACAGUGGGGCGAAUGCCAAUGUGAGGGAGCCCAUAUGUGGAUUUACUCCUUUGAUGGAAGCUGCUGCUGCUGGCCAUGAGAUAAUUGUGCAGUAUUUUCUGAACCACGGAGUCAAAGUAGACACAAGGGACCACAGUGGAGCCACAGCCAGGAUGUUGGCCAAGCAGUACGGACACAUGAAGAUUGUGGCAUUGAUCGACACUCACUCACCUGCUCUGCCCAAGAGCCUCUACCGGAGCCCAGAAAAAUACGAAGACCUCAGCUCUUCAGAUGAGUCCUACCCUGCUGCUCAGAGACAGAGGCCUUGUCGGAAAAAGGGCCUCAGCAUCCAUGAGGGACCACGAGCCUUGGCCAGGAUCACAGCCAUCGGGCUUGGAAGACAGACCCCACAGCCCCACUAUGAACAGGUGCCUCCACGGGAUUAUGUGACUUUCACCAGCAGUGAGGAAAAUGCCCUAGAAGGCCUCUGCUACCGGGAUGUCACCUCCCCCAUCAAUGAGCAAGAUGUGGAGAGCAGCAGCAGCAGCAGCCGGGAGGAGCCUGCUUUCUGUGCCAGCUUUGGGGCCCUGCGGAGGAGCAGCAGCAGUGAGGGCCUGGCGCGGGCCCAAGGGCUCAGCAGUGAAGCCUCCUUGGAGAGCAAUGAGGACUCAGAUCACACUCGCAAAAGCUCUGUUCGCAAGCAAACCAAAAGUUAUAUGAAGACCAAGAGUCGUUACAGCAACUGCGAGAGCCAGUGGCCUCCAAGCACGACUUCUGGGGCAGCCUGCACUCCAGGAUCUGUCCCCCAUGCAAAGCUGUCCCCCUAUUCUGGGCCCCAGGACCUUGCUACACUGCUGGAGCAGAUUGGGUGUCUGAAGUACCUGCAGGUGUUUGAGGAGCAGGACGUGGACCUCCGCAUCUUUCUGACCCUCACUGAGAGUGACCUGAAGGAAAUCGGCAUCACGUUGUUUGGGCCCAAAAGGAAGAUGACCUCAGCCAUCGCGCGCUGGCACAGCAGUGCCCGCCCCCCCAGUGAUGCACUAGAGCUGGCCUAUGCGGACCGGCUAGAGGCUGAGAUGCAGGAACUUGCCAUCCAGUUGCACAAACGCUGUGAGGAGGUAGAGGCCGUGCGUGGCCAGGUGUCCCAGGAACAGGAGCUACGGGCUGUGGUGGAGAGCUGCCUGCUGGAGCAGGAUGGAGCCCGAAAGGAUGUGCACACCCAGCUGCAGGAGACCUGGGCCCUGGCCCAGCAUGCUGUGCUCAUCCUGGAGCAGCUACGAGCCUGUCAAACUGAGCUGUCCACCCGCAUGAGGCAGGACCAGACUCCCAGCACAGCUGCCAUGGGCCCAGUGCUACCCCCAGGAGACUCCAAAAGCUGGCAUACAUCCCUACAGGCCAUGAGCCUCCUGGAGCUGUCUGGAGUUCUAGAAGGCCGAGUACAUGAAAUGGGACAAGCACUGUGCUCAGUGACCCAAAGCCUGGAGAAGCUGCAGGUGCUAAAUGGGAAGAGGUGGCGGGAGCCCUAGCCCCAAGGGAUGAAUCUGACGUUGGGUGAUUGAUCCACCCUGAAGCUACAUGCCAGGAAGACGAGGGCAGUGAGCAGGCAGCUGCCACAGCCAGGUUCCAGGUAGGGCCAAGGAUCAGGCCCCAGAGGAGCAGCCUGCAGCGAGGCAGGACAGGGACUGGCCCCUGUUGGGGCAGUGCAACAGGAUGUGGGCCUGAUGGUUAAGAUCCCGAGCUUGUGGAAUGCUUGACCCACACCAGGCGAGGCAUGGGGAAUAUGCAUAUCCCCCUAAAUGCAGGUACCACACGUAAGUCUGACCUUACAGAAGAGGAACAGGAGAGGACCAGCACUACUUAGAAAAUGUGCCAUUGGUUUGGAAAAUAAAAUUUAACAUCAGCAAUUCUGGUCUUAUGACAUGCUGAAUUGAUGAACAUGCCAGCAGUCCAAGUAUAACGUAGCAACUCAGGGCUUUGGGUGAAUAGCACUGGUUCCUAGCCCUUGCCCCUUCCCAGCAAGCUUUCCUGAUCAUGGGGGCAGGGUAGGGGGAAGCUGGCAGGAACGCCUUCCUUACAACGUAUUUUCCAGCCACACAAGUGGCAGUCUUUUUGAGAUGUGGGCCCAGAGGUGAACUCUGUCCCGCUGUGGUCUCUCUGCACACUAAGACUGCUUCCAGAUGAUGCCCUGGAGCUACUUGCAGACUACGCUGAGACUGGAGAGAGGCAGGCUCUGCCCAGUACAGCUGGAGCCACCAGCUCAGGAAAGGGAGCCUGAAGCUCAGAACAAGGUGAUGAGAGGUUGGCAGUGCACAGGCAGACCAAGGGGACAGAUAUCUCUUGUGUAGUGCCCUGUCCUGGGGACUUGGUCCCUAUUGGGCCUU